AUGUCCUAUGACCUAUAUGUGGCCAUCUGCAAGCCUCUGCACUACACGACCAUCAUGAGACAGGGGCUCUGCCAGCUCCUGGUGGUGGUGGCCUGGAUUGGGGGCACCCUGCAUGCCACCGUGCAGAUUCUUUUCAUUGUCAGUUUGACUUUUUGUGGUCCCAACGUCAUUGAUCACUUUAUGUGUGAUUUCUUCUCACUGUUGGAACUUGCCUGCAAUGAUACCUAUAGGCUUGCCUGCACUGACACCCACAUCAUUGCCCUCACAGUGCUGGCCAAUGAUGGGGCCAUCUGCAUGGUCAUCUUCACACUCUUACUUAUCUCAUAUGGGGUCAUUAUACACUCCAUGAAGAAUCUUAGUCAGGAAGGGAGGCUCAAAGCCUUAUCCACCUGUGGCUCCCACAUCAUUGUGGUGCUCCUCUUCUUUGUGCCCUGUAUUUUUAUGUAUGUGAGAACUCCUUCCACUUUACCUAUUGACAAAUUCUUGACUGUGUUUUACAUUGUUGUCACCCCUAUGCUGAGUCCUCUAAUCUAUACUCUGAGAAAUGGAGAAAUGAAAAAUACCAUGAAAAAGCUCUGGACCAGAAAAAGAAAAUGA